AUGGGCAAGAAAACUAAGUCAAGAAAAGCUCGUCGCACUGGAACUCCGGUAGGUGAAGAGGUUCCAUCUGACUGUGAGGUGACGGAAGAGGCUUAUGAGGUCGAAUGUAUCGUCGACCAUCGAAACCGUCGUGGGGGAAUGGAGUACAAAGAUUGUCCGGAGGCGAUCAAUGACUACUGGGUGCAGCAUGAAGCCCGAAAGGGCAAGAAAGAUACCGAAGGUUCUUCAAAGAAGCGUGAUCAUCCAGAAACGCAUAGCACGAAGUCCUCUAGGAAAAGUACUGCUUCUCCUGUCGCUAAACGGCUACGUCUUGAAGAUGUCCAAGCCGACAACAAUGGCGAUUCUGGUUCUGCAUCACCGACAAUAAGUGAGUGUUUGGGAAGAGCGACACCUCAACAAGUUGACCCGAGAACGGAUAUUCCUCAUGAUCCUCUUCCUACUGAGCAGACGAAGGCAAGUAGAUAA